UAAAUUCUGCUGAAGCGGAAGUCCCGCCCCUUUUCUCUCCUCGCGCGCUGACAGUGGUCCGCCGGCAGAAUCAUGCCUGUCAAAAUGGAUGAGAUUAAAGAUUUCCUGCUGACGGCCAGGAGGAAGGACGCCAAAUCUGUUAAGAUCAAGAAGAACAAGGACAAUGUGAAGUUCAAGGUGCGCUGCAGCAGGUACCUGUACACCCUCGUCAUCACCGACAAGGAGAAGGCCGAGAAGCUGAAACAGUCUCUGCCACCCGGUCUGGCAGUGAAGGAGCUGAAGUAGACUCUUCACUUGUACAAAAAUGUAAUAAAAAUGUAAAAUCUC